AUCCGCUCUAAAAAGUUUCAGCUUUAGUUUUUUAUAUCUAUAAAAAUAUUUUUCUCAUUAUUUUUUAACUUUAUUCACUACCUUUUACAAUAUAUUUUUGAAACCCAAUAUGCUUGUAUUCAAGGUGCUGGCAUUCCUAGUAGCUGGUCUAUCUCUGGUCUUGGCUAACAUUGUUAAGAAGCAAACGUUUCCUACAGUUUUAAAUUUUAUUGCAAAUGGCAACAUAGGUGAUAUGGAGCGCCUCACCUAUCUUGUACUAAUCAAGGGCGACACAAGCACACAAUGCGAACGAAUUGCCGGUAUAGUAGCCGCAAACUGUGUUGAAUGGAACUCCGACAGAACUUUUUCAAGAACCGAUUAUAAGGUUGCAUACUUUGCUGCGGGAAAUGGUGAUAACGUUGUAAAGGCAGUGAAUCAAAUAAAAAUGCACCCAUCAUAUGAUGCAACCACAUUUGCAACAAUCUUGCGAUUGUUUCAUUCGAGAGCUUCUUUGGCAGCCCCUAUUGUCAACCGAUACCACACUUUUCGCACUUUAGCAAGCAUUUCUCCUCUACAAGCAACAUAUUCUCCCUUAUAUGCCGCCAACGCCGUUGACUAUGCCUGCAAUUCAUUAAACGUUAAUUCUUAUAACAGUCCUGGAUGUGUGACAGGUUAUAGCUCAAUCUAUGGUGCCACCGAUGGCAGUGUGGCCAUCCAUGCACUUUAUAGUUACAGUGUCACUGAUGUUACCACUGGCCUGUGCGGUGUCAAGAAUGUAGUUAUGAAUUACUACACUGUUCUGCGUAAUUACUUGCCAUGGGCUGUACAAGAAAGUGGAAUGAGCUAUAUAUCUAUUCAUAGUGCUAACAUUCCGUAUGAGUCCCCCAAUACUUCUGGUGGCCGUUCUGUUGUUAACAAUAGUCCAGCUAUUGAUGGCAAGAUAGCAUUAAAUGGACUUGAUGUUCAACCUGCAACCACAUCCACAUUAACUGUUCUGACCACAGAAACCGACACCACAACUAUUGAAGUUACCGAAACUGUUACAGCUUCAAGCACAGAAUUUAUUUCGACAACUACUGUUAACACUAUUAGCACCAUAGAAUCAGCCACAGCAACUACUACAAGCACUGUAACAACUACUGAAACUACCAUGUUAACCUCUGUUAUUGGCGCCACAUCCAUGGACAUAGCAACCUCGACUACAUUUACAACAACAACAUUUAGCGACACCAUAUUAUUCACAGCAACAGUAACAGAUAUGGUGACUGCUCCAAUCGUCAACACUGUAAAUACCCAGGGCAACAACAUUAACAUUGGGCUUGAUGUGGGUCAGAAAAAUGUUGCUACGGUUACAGCCACAACCACCCAAACUGUAUCCUCGGUUUCGACUAUCACAAAUACAUCGGUGCUGUCUCUAACAACCACAUUAAUUUUACCCGACUCUAAUAUUCCUCAGCAAGCCACCACAGUUGUUCUUCCUGCAAGCACCGUUACUUUAACAGAUAUCAACACGGUUACAGUCACCACAGAAUCCACAUCUUUGAUCACAUCCUUCUACACUGUCACUUAUGUCCCUUCCACAACCAAACUUGAUAAUGUUCAAACAACUGUAUCUGGAGUCACAACUGUCACACGGACUGUUCCAAGCAUAUCUUUAGUCACAAUGUUUGAAUAUAAGACGUUCCAUAAACGUGUAGAUAAACUAUAA